AUGAAUCCACUCAUUUCCGAAUUCCAAAUCCCCAUUUCCAACGUUCUCGAGAACAUGCACGUCAUCAACGAUAGUCAAUUAAUGGUGGUGACGGUCGAUCGCUCCAUCCACAAUAUUCCACUCUCCUCUUCCUAUCAAGCGAGGCAAAACUCCAUUCUCAAAGAGGAAAUCAUCGACACGAUUCUCUUUUUUCUCCCUUCCAUCCCCGGAAACGUCAUCAUUUUCUUCCCUUCCUACAGCUACCUCAACGAAUGCUACGCGUCCUGGGAGCAGCAAGGCAAGCUCGACAGUCUGCGCAGCGUCAAGCCCGUCUAUCGCGAAGAGAGCAAAAUGACCAACGCGCAGUUCGGCGAGGUCGUGAAGUUCCUCCAGAAGGCGGUUUACGAGCGAGGCGCCGUGCUGCUCGCGGUCUGCAGAGGCAAAGCGAGCGAAGGAAUCGAUUUCAGCGACGCGAUGUGUCGCUGUGUGAUCAUCACCGGCAUUCCUUACCCCACUCUCACCGACCGCAAAGUCAUCAUGCGCAGGCAAUAUCUAGACGAGCGCAACGCGCAGCAGCGCGCGUUCAACGAGCGUCCGUUCUCCGGGAACGAUUGGUACACGAUCAGCGCGUAUCGCGCGGUGAACCAGUCGAUCGGCCGCGUGAUUCGGCACAAGAACGACUUCGGCGUCAUCCUGCUGAUGGACGAGCGAUUCGGUUCGCGCGACAGCGAGCGGUAUCUCUCGCGAUGGAUGCAGCCGUUCUAUCGACGCAUGCAGUCGUGCCGUUGCGGUGGGGAGAGGGGAUGA